AUGCAAACUAUUGAAGAAUUUCCUUUCCCUUUCUCUCCAUAUUCAAUACAAAAACAGUUUAUGAAAGAAUUAUAUAAAUGUUUGGAAAAUGCUAAGUUAGGAAUCUUUGAAAGUCCAACUGGUACUGGUAAAUCUAUGUCAAUUAUUUGUGGUGCUUUAAAAUGGUUACUUGAUCAUGAAGAACUACAAAAGAAUCAUUUGACAAUUGCAAUUUCUGAACUUGAUGUACAAAUCAAAAAAUGCACUAACUCCUCUAACAAUUGGUUUUCGGUGCAAACAGAACAGAUAGAAUUGAAUAGCAAAAGACAAAUAUUGCAAACAAAAUUGAACAAUAUUCUUCAACAUGAACAAAAAAAGUAUACAUUAAAAGAAACAAUUAAAGGUAUAAAAAAUAAAAGGAAAAAUCCACAUAAUAAAAUUAUAAUAAAUUCUACAAAAGAUGAAGUCGAAACAAAUAAUUUGGUUAAUAAAAUCAAUGAAAAUGAAGAUAUUGAGGAAGAAUUACUUUUGGAAAAUGUGCAACAUUCAGAAAGCUCUGAAGAUGAAGAGAAAGAAGAAAUAUAUGAAAGUACCAAAAUUUUCUUUUGCUCUAGAACUCAUUCUCAAUUAUCUCAGUUUAUAAAAGAACUCAGAAAAAGUCCUUAUUCAAAAAAUAUAUCGGUAGUAACACUGACAUCCAGGAAAAAUUAUUGCAUUAAUAAAAGUGUAAAAAAAUUGGAACAUUUAAAUUUAAUUAAUGAAUAUUGCUUACAAUUACAAAGGAAAAACAUAACUGUUAAAGAUGAAAAAGAUCUUAAAAGAAAAAAGAUGACAAGUAGUUGUCCCUUUGUGCCAGGAGAUCAAGAUUUAUUAAUAGGAGAAACAUUAAUACAAAUUCAAGAUGUUGAAGAAAUUGUCCAAAAAGGAGAAAGUCUUAAAACAUGUCCAUAUUAUUCAUCAAGAAAAGCUAUACCAUAUAGUCAACUAAUACUAAUACCAUAUAAUUCAAUAUUACAUGAAAAUACUAGAAUUAGUUCAGGAAUAAAUUUGAAAGGAAACAUAUUAAUAAUUGAUGAAGCGCAUAAUAUAUUGGAGGCCAUUGAAAAAAUGCAUAGUGUUAUGAUUACAGGCAGAAACUUGUUACAUUGUUAUAGCCAACUUUCUCAAUAUCAAAAAAGAUUUCAAUCUUUAUUCUCAGCUAAAAAUGUUUUGAAAUUAACGCAAUUAAACUUUUGUUUGAGAAAACUUUUAACAGUUUUGGGAGCUAGUAUAAAAUCAAGUCCUGAUGAUGUUAUAAAUAUAGAAGCAUGUCCAAGAAUGUAUAAAAUAGAAGAAUUUGAAAGAAUGACAGAAAUUGAUACAAUAAAUAUAUUUGAGUUGAUGAAAUUUAUUAAAAAUUCUCAAUUGUGUCAUAAACUACAAGGAUUCAUAGAACAACAUGAUACAAAUUUAAAGAUUCAUACUGGUGUAAAACAAUUUUUAAAUUCUAUUAAAACCAAAAACAUAGAAUUUGAUACAAUGACAGAUACCAAUUUAUCAAAUCAAGAACAAUUAAAUAAUCCAGUCAUGAAAAUUGUAAGUUUUCUAGAAUGUUUAAAAAGCUGCUGUACUGAUGGACGUAUAUGUGUAUUUCCAGGUCCAACUAUUGGACAAAGCACAAUAAAAUUUCUUUUAUUAAAUCCAGCAGCACAUUUUCAUAAUAUUGUUCAUGAUGCUAGAGCUGUAAUAUUAACUGGUGGAACAAUGGCACCAAUGAAUGAGUUUACAGAACAAUUGUUUAUAGCAGCAGGUGCUACAUCUGAAAGAAUUGUUACAUUUUCAUGUGAUCAUAUAAUUCCUAAAGAUAAUAUAAUAUGCAGUAUUACAACUCAUGGCCCAACUGGCAUUGAAUUUGAAUUUAAUUUUCAAAAUCGACAAAAUACAAAAUUGUUGGACGAAUUAGGGAGAGCAUUAUUAAAUUUAUGUAAUAUUAUACCAGCUGGUAUUGUAGUAUUUCUACCAUCUUAUAAUUUUGAAGAACUAGUAUACAAACAUUUAGAUAAAUCUGGUAUUAUUGCAAAACUUUCUUUAAAAAAACAUAUUCUUCGGGAACCUAAGUUAGCUUCUCAGGUAAAUGAAAUUUUGGAACAAUAUUCAUUUCAUAUAAAGAAACCACAAAAUUCACAAACUGGAUCACUGUUAUUUAGUGUAGUUGGUGGUAAAUUAAGUGAAGGAUUAAAUUUUUCUGAUGAUUUGGGACGAUGUAUUAUAAUUGUAGGAAUGCCAUAUCCUAAUAUCAAGUCAUUAGAAUUACAAGAGAAGAUUAAAUAUUUAAAUGAAAAUAUUAAACCUAAUGCUGGUCAAAAUUAUUAUGAAAAUUCAUGCAUGAAAGCAGUAAAUCAAUGUGUUGGACGAGCUAUUCGACACAUUAAUGAUUACUCAACAGUUGUAUUAUUAGAUAAACGCUACACUUAUAAAAUAAAAGCACUUCCAUGUUGGAUUCAACAUACAUUAAUAAUUCAUAAAACUUUUGGUAGCAUGAUUGGUGCUAUAGCUAAAUUUUUUAAUAAAAGAAGAAGUGUAUCUGACAAAAAAUAA